CCUCCUCGGAGCUGCAUGUGUCCAGUUCUGCAGCAACCCAAGAACAAGCUGCUCUCACUGUUUACCAGCCAGAGGGAGUCUGACUGCUGCUGCUUGAUUCCACCUCCGUCAGGUCUGUUGCUGUCUGUUGUUCCAGCCUCAGAAAUCACAGGGAAACUGACUGGUGUGAAGUCUGCACUCACCAUGUCGGACACCGAGGAAGUGGAACAGUACGAGGACGAGGAAGCCCAGGAGGAGGUAGUAGAAGUAGAAGUAGCCCCUGAGGCGGAGGCCCAGGUAGAAGCAGAGCCAGAGGUAGAGCCUGAACCAGAACCAGAACCCGAACCAGAGCCCGAGCCACAGGAGGUGGUGCAUGAGGAGGAAGAGGCCUAUGAAGAGGAAGAGGAGGGCGAUCAAGAUGAGGAGAAGCCAAAGUUCAAACCUUCUGCUCCGAAGAUCCCUGAUGGCGAGAAAGUGGACUUUGAUGACAUCCAGAAGAAACGCCAAAACAAGGACCUGGUUGAGCUGCAGUCGCUGAUCGACGCUCACUUCGAGUGCAGGAAGAAAGAAGAAGAAGAACUCAUUGGUCUCAAAGAUCGAAUUGAGAAGCGUCGAGCUGAGAGAGCCGAGCAGCAGAGGAUUCGUAGUGACCGAGAUAAAGAGCGACAGGCCAGACGGGAGGCUGAGCGGCAGAGGAAGGAGGAUGCCGACGCCCAGAGGAAGGCUGAGGAUGACGCUAAGAAGAAGACCGCACUGAGCAACAUGGGGUCAGGCUACAGCAGCCACCUGCAGAGGAUCGACCAGAAGAGAGGCAAGAAGCAGACCGAGAGAGAAAAGAAGAAGAAGAUUAUGUCAGAAAGAUGCAAACCACUGAGCGUCGCAGACCUCAGCGAGGACAAGCUGAGGGAAAAGGCGAAGGAGCUGUGGGAGUGGCUGCACAGCCUGGAGGCCAUUAAAUACGACCACUGUGAGAAGCUGAAGAGACAGAGAUACGAGGUCAUUUCUCUCAGAAACCGUAUCGACGAGCUGCAAAAACACAGCAAGAAGGGCGCCGCCUCGCGCCGCAGGAAGUGAGCGGCUCCUCGUGGCGGUCCGGCCAACAGGAGGCGCGUUCCCUCGGCUACAGGAGCGGCUCGAACAUCAGCAACAUCUGCAGCAUUGAGCGGACGCCUCAUCGCCUGUGUUUGUUUGAGUCAGAGUGUUUUCUGGAUGAAUUUAGCUACAAUAAAAUUACAUAAAUAUUAAAAAUGUUCUCAAAGUAUUUGUGUUAAAAAAUAAAAAAUUGUAACGGUUGAGACAAUAAAAUGCCAGAAUUCUU